AUGUGCAAGUUCAAGUGCCCUGGCCGCACUGCGGAAAGGUCAGUACUGUCUUCUUUCAAACGCAAGUCGGACCUCGGUCGACACCAUCGUAUCCAUACCAAUGAGCGUCCCUAUCACUGUACCACUCAGGGCUGCGACAAGAGCUUCGUGCAGCGCAGCGCGCUGACCGUCCACCUGCGAACGCACACGGGCGAGCGUCCCCAUGUUUGUGACUUUGACGGCUGCGACAACGCGUUCUCUGAUUCAUCAAGCCUCGCCCGCCACCGCCGCACACACACCGGCACGAAACUCUACAAGUGUCCCGAACGAGGAUGCAACAAAAGCUUCUCCCGCAGAGAAACCCUCACAAACCACCAACACCGUCAUCAUCCACCUCGAGCCCCCCAGCAACAGCACAGUCACACAGCAUGCGCCCCCUACACAUCCUCCCUCUCCCACUCCAUGAUUCCGGUCCCGGGGACCUGUACCUACCUCCCCUCCCCAGACUACGCCUUCUACCUGCAGCACAACCUGCCCCUGAGCUACGCCACCGUACAGCCCGACGCCUCGCUCGCCCCGUCCAGCGUACCCGUUAUGGCGAUCAACGAGGUGCAGUACUGCCAGUCGACGGUACAGCACCCGUAUGCGCAGUCCGCUCAGCCGUGUGUGGGGUUUGCGGUCCAGGAUCCCUACCGGUCACCGUGGGUGUAUGAGUCGGAUGGGAUGGAGAUGUGCUAUCCGUUCUGUGGGUGA